AAAUUCUUAGUCCAGCCAAAUGCAGAUGCACCUAAACAGCUUGGAGAAGGGAAAGAAUACAUUACAUCAAGUUGAGACGAGCAUCUUCUGUCCUUCAAAAUCAUUUGUAUUGCUUGUUGGAUUUAGCCGUGGUUGCAGGCAGUACUCAAAACUCAUCUUAGAUCUGGUAAGAACUGCUCGCACCAUCACUGUAUCAUCAUCAUCAUCUUUCAGAUAUACUGAGGGAACUGUCGUCCAUCUUCCACAUGAACUGCUCCGAUCUUGGAUAUAUGUAACGAUAGACUUCUUCCGGACUUCGAGAGCUGGCCAAACCAAAGUUCAAACAUAUGGACCACAUCUCUAUGAACCCUACAAGUCUCUGGAAGUCAUGUGGGCACACAGUGAGCAAUCAAUGCAUCAAUCUUAUGCUAUUUAUGGACAAGCCCUAAAACCAUAUGGGCCAUGCUGGGGUGUUUUUGUGAUGACAACAACUAAUGCUGUAAUCAAAUUCUCUAGCUUUUUUUCUAAAAGUAAAAAAGAAACUUACACUGUAAUCAAAUGCAAUGUUCACAUUCCAUCUGAUCUCUCAGGAUAUGACCGAAUCCCACUGACUUCAACGUGACAUGAGCAUUUCCCCGAGCAGCAAGUAAGUAGUAAUUUUCGUUGUGCUCAGCCACCCAGGAACUCGAGGAAGAAGACGAUAAUGGCAGAGAAUAGGAGCAGCAAGACAGAGCAAGUGCUUAAGGAUUUGAUAACUGUCAUCAGAGUUCCUGGCUUUGGAGUACUGAAAGUGAGCAGCUUCACGCUGAAACUGGACAGAAAUGCGAAGAACAUCACCAGCACGCAGAUCUUGAGCUGCAAUUCACUGCCUUUUCUGCCGAUAAAUCCUGAGAAGGCGCCCGUAAGACCUCCGAAGCUGAUGGAUGUCGUGGUAGUACCGACCUUGGAAAUGAGUUUGAGCUUGAGAUCAUGACCAACGUUGGUAGUAGUGCGCGGUCCGUGCGGCUGUUUCUGGGUGCUGUGCCACUCUAUGCAGAACCAAAGAGUGACUCCAAGAAAUGGUGUCGGCAGGAGAACCAGUACAAGGAAGACGUCAAGGAAAGCAGAAGCCGCCGUAGCGGCUAUGAGUGCCAAUGAGCCCAGCAGAGAGUAGCUGAGUGCUUUGAGGAGCUUGGUAAGGAACUCCCUGGUGCUUUGCUGCUUGAAGCUCGGUGGGACUGAGCUGAGCAGCAUCAACAGAAGGCCGAACAUGGCGGCGAAGAACAUCUGAAAGAUGCAGAUUUUCGUGUUUAUGGUAAGGGCUUGAUCCGAAUUACUUUUAGCGGUCCCAAUAAGAGUAGUUAUCAGCCCACUGAAUGCAAGGGAGACAACAGUGGAUGAGAGACCCAACGAAUGUUUCAGCUCUGAUUUAUAGCUUCCAUAUCCUGUGGAAUUCUGAUCAUGAUCAUCGCCUGCGUGGAAUAUGAAGUAGAGGAGGGUGCCGAGAAGCAAACAUCCCGGAAGCAGGGCUGCCAGAAACAUAGAGCGUUUAUGGAGGAGAGUUGAGAAACCAGCUGCUGUAAGGAUGAGGAGAGCGCAUGAAAUGACGAGUAGGAAAACGGUGGUCGUAUGCUGGCCUCUUUGGACACUCUGAUUCUUGCGACUUAGCAAAUUGAUGGUGAAGAACAUUAGGGUUACCCCACAGAGAAGACUGCAGGUGGUGAGGUAGCCGCAGAUGAGAAGGUGCAAUUCGUUUGCAUGGCCUUUCAGAUCUCGCUGUGCUAUGAAAACUGCAAACACUGCCAUUAAGCUGAUGAUGAUAUCAAUGAAGGCGAACUGUAGGAUUUGCUUCAA